AGGCUGCCCCUCCCUAUCCGAAACCAAUGGCCAUCCAAACGGCACCUAGCCGUUCAAGGCCACCAAAACCACCACCUCCAGCCGGCAGCCGCACCCCCAGUCCCCCAUCCGAGCCGCCGCACGCAGCUCUCGGGGGCUCGCCACCGCGCCCGUGCUGCCCCCACGCCGCUUGCCCGCAACCCAAGUCCCCGACCGGCAACCGUCAUCGCGGCACAGGAGAGGAGACCAAGAAUCUGGCGGCGGCGAGCCCCUGCGCCGGCUCGUCCUCUCGCGCCCCGCAUUACCCAGCAGCGGGCAACCUCACCUAAGGGCGGCGCGCCUCCCCACACGGACCCCUCUCCGGAUUGUUUGGUGUGAAAUCCAUGCUCGUUCGUGAAUCUGGAUGGCUGCCUUAAGGAUCCGCACGCCAACAGGUCCUGGGGAACACAGAAGGCGCAAUCUUGCCAGCAGCCUGGCGCAGCUGGGGCCGGAUUUGAUUGGGUUUAGUUCUUCACUGUUGCCAGUUGGUGUUGGUUAUGUUGGGGACCACAGGCGUGUAAGCAGCACUGUUGUCACAUGCCGUGGGUUCUUUGUUGACAAUGUAAGGAGGAAGAGCCAUUCAAGGGCAAGCUUGAAGAAUGGUUUGGUCUGCUCUUUAGAGGGUGAUGGUAGCAGGGAGUCUACUUUGUGUGUAUCUGUGCCAUCUGAACCUUCAAGUUGCAGCGAAGUGCCGUCAGUUUUGGGUCAAAAAAUAGCACAGGGCAUAGAUGGUAACCCAAGGGCCUCUGCAGAAACAAAGAAAGAGGAGAAGUUAUGGCAGAGACUACAGGGUGGUAAGAAAUUGGGAAGGCGUAGAGCUCCCAAGCAUGGCCUGGGAAAGGACAGGCAUGGUCGCAAAUCUGUACGGAGAGAUGAUAAUGCCAAUGUGGUUUUGUCCUUUAUCAACCAGGAUUCCAGCAUCGAGGAGUGCAAUUCUGCUCUAAUCCAUCUUGAGAAGCACAGUGAUGAGGAGGCUCUUAAUUUCUUUGAUUGGAUGAAGGCUAAUGGGAAGCUAAAGGGGAAUGCUGGUGCAUAUCACCUAGCUCUCCAAGCAAUUGCCUGGAAGGAGGAUUGGAAGAUGGCUGAACUAUUGCUUCAUGAAAUGGUUGCCGAUUCGGACUGCGCAUUGGAUGCUCAAGCAUUUAAUGGGCUGAUAUAUGUUUGUGCUAAAAGGAGGCUUGCUGAUUGGGGAACAAAGUGGUUUCGCAUGAUGCUUUGUAGAGAAGUGCAGCCGAAUGUGUCUACAAUUGGUAUGCUUAUGGGUCUUUACCAGAAGACUGGAAACCUAUCAGAAGCUGAAUUCACUUUUGCAGAAAUGAGGAAUUGCAACAUUAAGUGUGUUAAUGCUUACUCAGCUAUGAUUACUUUGUAUACACGUUUAGGCCUUUUUGCCAAAUCUGAGGAUGUUAUUGUUCUAAUGAACAAUGAUGGAGUAGUUCCAAACAUGGAAAAUUGGUUGGUGCGGUUGAAUGUGUACUGCCAACAGGGUAAAAUGGAGGAGGCUCAAUCAGUAUUGCACUUCAUGGUGGACGAAGGAUUCACCCUGAAUGUUGUAGCAUAUAAUACUUUAAUUACAGGAUAUGGAAAAAGUACUGAUAUACAGAAGGCGAAGAAAUUGUUUGACAGCCUUGGUAAUGCAGGUUUAGCUCCUGAUGAAACCACCUAUAGAUCAAUGGUAGAAGGUUUUGGUAGAGCAGACAGAUACGAAGAGGCAAUUUCGUACUACAGGAAGCUCAAAAGUGCUGGCUUCCGACCAAAUGCAUCCAACUUUUACACUAUGAUCAAUCUACUAGCAAGACAUGAUGACAGUGAAGGUGCAGCUGAAAUUCUGGAGGACAUGAGGGCAGCUGGCUGUCAGUGUUCAUCAAUUGUUACCGUUCUUGUUCGGGCAUACAGAACAGUAGGAAGAAUGCAUAAGGUUCUUUCAAUUUUGAAAUCCUGUUUCUACAAGAAAAUUUUGUUUGAUGCCACCUCGUGCUCUAUUUUAGUAACAGCAUUUGCUCAAAAUUCUUUACUAGAGGAAGCUUUAUUAAUUCUGCGUGAAAAGAAGUGGAAAGAUUCUGCUUUCGAGGAGAACUUGUAUCAUAUAUUGAUAUGUUCUUGCAAAGAGGCUGGUAGUUACAAUGAUGUUGUUAGGAUAUACAGUCAAAUGCCUAAGUCUGGAACACAUCCAAAUCUCCGUAUUUCUUGCACUAUGAUUGAUGUUUUCAGCAUGAUGGGGAGAUUUGCUGAUGCUGAAACUAUUUACCUUGAACUGAAAGCUUCGUCUUCUGUCCUUGACAUGAUUGCUUACAGUGUAAUUGUGAGGAUGUACAUUAAAGCAGAGCGACUAGAGGAUGCUUGUUCAAUUUUGGCAGAAAUGGAGAAACAGAAAGAAAUAGUUCCUGAUAAAUUCCUUUUUCUUGACAUGCUUCGGACUUACCAAAAAUGUGGUCUGCUUGAGAAGUUGGCUGAUACAUAUUACUGGAUACUUAAGAGUCAAGUUGAAUGUGAUGAAGCCAUGCAUAACUGCAUUAUUAACUGCUGUGGGCGGGCUAUACCUGUUGAUGAGCUGUCAAGAAUUUUUGAUGAAAUGAUUCAACAGGGACACUUAACCAACACUAUUACUCUCAAUGUAUUGCUAGAUAUAUAUGGAAAAGCUGGGCUUUUUACUAGGGCUGAAAAGGUCUUUCUCAUGGCUCGCAAGCAGGGACUGGUGGAUAUCAUAACAUACAAUACCAUUAUUGCUGCAUAUGCGAAAAGUGGAAAUUUUCGUAGUAUGAAUUAUUUCGUCCAAAGGAUGCAGGAUGCAGGGUUUCCUGUUUCUCUUGAGGCGUACAAUUGCAUGCUGGAUGCUUAUGGAAAGGCAGGGCAACUGGAAGAGUUUGCUUCUGUUUUGCAGAAAAUGAAGAGGGCAAAGUGCAAGUUUGAUCACUAUACGUACAAUAUAAUGAUCAAUAUCUAUGGGAGAAGGGGUUGGAUAGAGGAUGUUGCAAAUGUUCUUGCAGAGCUAAAGAGCCGAGGUGUUGAACCAGAUUUGUACAGUUACAAUACCUUGAUAAAAGCAUAUGGCAUAGCAAGAAUGCCUGAAGAUGCUGUCAAACUGAUGCAAGAGAUGAGGAUUAAAGGUAUCAGCCCUGAUCGGGUGACAUAUACUAACCUCAUUGCUGCUCUACAAAGGAAUGAAAAUUUCCUGGAAGCUGUUAAAUGGUCUCUCUGGAUGAAGCAAACAGGAGUGGUAGGGCGUGGAACUCGAGCAUAAUGUACCUAAAGCAUUUUGAGUAUUGUUUGGCAAUGAACCCAACUCUGAAUGUUGUCUUCAAGUUACAACUGACUGCAUGCUUGCUACUGUACAGAAGAGUGUAGCUGAUUGUUGUGUAAGUGCUACAGAUGUUCAGAAACCUAGCCUAUUGUUCUCAUACGAGAUGAAAUUCAGUCAAUAUAAAUAAAAGUAGGAAGUUUGUAUCAUACCUAUCAUACUGCUGUAAAUUUACUGUAUCAGUGGUUUAACCAUUUGUCAGAGAUCAAAGUCAAAUAAGAAAUACAGUUUUGAAUUCUC